GAUGUGUUGUAUUUGGAGAUCAUAUUAGUUUCAAUCAUCGAACGUGUAUUGUGUGCCAUUUCCACGGCCCCAUGGGACGUGCAUAAUAAUAACAUUAUCAUUGUUGAACACAUCAAUUAAACUGCCCAUCAAGGGACAAUCACUGCUAGCAUCAUCAUACCGACCGUGCAGCCUGCAAUCUAAUCUUUUUCCUCCAUUUAUAAUCACAACUACGUUGCGUUUUUCGCUGUAUGUGUUCACGGGAAGAUCAACCUCAGCAGUGUACCGAAGAACAAACCCGACUGCCAACAGUUGAGCACGCGAUAAGACACCAAUCGCAACGGCAAGAAACAUGGCUGCGCUGGCUUCGUUGUCGAAAGUCUGCUCUCGAUUGGCAAAGCCCGCACUGCAGGCGGGACUCAAGAUUCCGUCUCGAAAUCUGAAUCUAUUGGAAUACCAAAGCAAGAAACUUCUGGAAGAGAGUGGAGUGGCAAUUCAAAACUUUCGUAUUCUGGAAGGCAAGAAGGAUGCGGAUGUCCUAAAGGAUUUCAAUGUAAAUGAAUACGUUAUUAAAGCACAGAUCCUUGCUGGUGGUCGGGGUAAAGGUCACUUUGAUAAUGGCUUCAAGGGUGGUGUGCAUAUCACCAAGGACCGGUCGCAAGUUAUUCCACUGGUCGAGAAAAUGGUGGGUCAUAAGCUAAUCACCAAACAAACGCCCAAGGAUGGCAUCCUCGUCAAGAAGGUGAUGGUGGCCGACAGCAUAAACAUUGUGCGCGAAACGUACCUCUCGAUCGUGAUGGACCGUCAGCACAACGGACCGGUGCUGAUCGCUUCACCCGCCGGCGGUAUGGACAUCGAGGCGGUCGCCGAGGAGACGCCGGAGAAAAUCAAAACCAUUCCGAUCGACAUCAACGGUGGGAUUACGCGCGAGCAGGCCCUCGAAGUGGCCCGAUUUUUGGAGUUCCGUGGGCCGCUAGUCGAGCGAGCUGCUAAUGAAAUCACAAAACUAUACAACCUCUUCACCAAGGUGGAUGCCGUCCAAAUCGAGAUCAACCCGCUGGCGGAAACGGACGAUGGGCGCGUGAUUUCCGUCGACGCAAAGCUCAACUUUGACGACAACGCGCAGUUCCGGCAGCGGGACAUCUUUGCGAUGGAAGUGCACGAGGACACCGACCCGAAGGAAAUCGAGGCGUCCAAGUACAAUCUGAACUACAUCGCGAUGGAGGGCAACAUCGGGUGCCUGGUGAACGGAGCCGGCCUGGCGAUGGCCACCAUGGACAUCAUCAAGCUGAACGGGGGCAGUCCAGCAAACUUCCUGGAUGUCGGUGGGAGCGUAAAGGAGGAACAGGUACUGAAGGCCUUCCAGAUUUUAACCUCCGACCCGAACGUGAAGGCAAUCCUGGUCAACGUGUUCGGUGGCAUCGUGAACUGUGCCACGAUCGCGAACGGAAUCGUUAGUGCGACGAAAACGAUGAACCUCCAGGUGCCGUUGAUCGUACGACUGGAAGGAACGAACGUAAACGCGGCGAAGAAAAUCUUGCAAGAGUCCGGACUGAAGAUAGAUUCUGCCGCCGAUCUGGACGAGGCUGCCCGCAAAGCGGUCCAAUCGAUCUAAUUCCAAUGAGGUCCACCGCACUUUCGCAUGUUAAACUGCAUUGCAACGCAUCAAAGUCUUCCGAAUGCGCCUUGGGACGCGUGAGGCGUUCGGAAUUUUUAUCGUUUCGGGUCGAAACACAAUGGUGAAUGGAGUCGUGAAUAAAUAAUGUACCGCAUUUUUAGUUGAUUUUUUAAAA